AGGAGGCGGCGGAGGCCGGCGAGGCUUCUCGGUCGGGCUCCCGGGCGCCGCCAUGGCAGGAGGCCCGCGGCGCUAGCGGAGCCCGGCGGGGAGCAUGGAGAGCCGGGGGGUGGCCCCGGGGCCCUACCGGGCCACCAAGCUGUGGAACGAGGUCACGGCCUGCUUUCGGGCCGGAAUGCCCCUGAGGAAGCACCGGCAGAAUUUCCGGACACACGGCCACUGUUUCACGGCCUGCGAAGCCACUGACUGGCUGUGCGAGCUGCUGAGGAGCCACGGCCACUUCGGGCCCGACGUGACGCGGCAGCAGACGCUGCAGCUGCUGAGAAAGUUCCUCAAGAAUCACGUCAUUGAAGACGUCCACGGGAGGUGGGGCUCCGAAAAUCUGCACGACAACGGUCAGCUCUUCAGAUUUCCUACAACUUCUCCUCUUAAAACUGUACCACGCCGUCAUCCAGAAUUGAGAAAAAGCAGCUUAGAGAAUAUUUCUAAAGAGAAAGAAAGUAUCUUUAAGUUACGGCCCUUAUCUCGAAGAACUCCUAAAAAGCAAGUCUGUCAGGAAAAUACAGAAAAUAUUAGUAGUGAAAUUAGAGAUGAAAAUAAAGAAAACCCAGUAGAAGAAAGGGAAAUAAGCCAAGAAGAUAUUGAAGAAAUAUGGAGACAUAUUUUGAUGCACUUACAAACCAUUUUAGGUAUGCCAUCUCUAGAAGAAAUCUUGGAUCCCACCCAAGUAAUACCUCAGCAUAUAAUAUAUAACAUGACCAAUACAAGUAAACAUGGAGUGGUUGUAUUGCAAAACAAAGCUGAUGACCUUCCUCACUGGGUAUUAUCUGCUAUGAAGUGUCUAGCAAAUUGGCCAAGAAGUAAUGACCUGAGCCAACCAACUUAUGUUGGAUUUGAACGAGAUGUAUUCCGAACCAUUGCUGACUAUUUUCUAGAUCUCCCAGAACCGCUACUUACUUUUGAAUUUUAUGAGUUAUUUGUUAAUAUAUUGGUUGUCUGUGGCUACAUCACAGUUCCAAAUAGAACCAGUGGAAAGUAUAAAAUCCAAGAUGAUCCACAGUCUUCAAAAGCCCUCCAUGUAAACAGUAUGAACUCUUUCAAAUCCACUGAGUGUCUUCUUCUUAGUCUACUUCGUAAAGAGAAGCCGAAGGAAGGAUCGGAAACCUCUGAGACUCUUCAGAUAAAUGAGCAAGGAUUUAAAAAACAAUGUGCUAAGAAGCUGCCACUGUGUGAUCCAAGCCACAGAAGAUCCAGGGCUAAUGUCUUAAUAGGAGGAAGUUGUCAGAACUUAGCAGGUUUGAAAAAUGAGCCUGCUUUGCCUUUAUCUAAGCUUAGGCCAUGGUGCUAUUCUUUGGAAGGAAUUGUAGAUACUUCAGGGUUUGGUAGUACAGAAGGCCCCAGCUUCAAUCAGUCUGAUCUUAAUAUAGCCGGACAAAAUAAGGAAAACCAAUCUUUGGAUUUUGAAUCUGAAGAGAACUCUGAACUGGAUCUUUGUUCAGACGGAGGGGGUCAAAAGCCAACCUGUGCUGGCUUUAAGAGAAUAUCCACAGUAACUGUUCGAGACCAAGAGGAAUCGUGCAAAGGGAAACUCAAGUCGAAGCAGCUCUGUAGGUCUCAGAGUUUGCUUUUCAGUAAUCGUAGAAGAAGCUGCCGCAUCAACGCGCCUGUUGCAGAAAUUAUCGUGAAGCCAAAUAGCACGGGCCACCUUGGUCAAAGCACCACAGAUGUGUCUGUGGCCAUGGAAAGUGAGCCUGAGGAUUCCCGGACCACAGUCAGGAAAAGACUCUGCCAAAGUACCUUAGAGCUUUCAGGAAAGUCUUUUCCUCCAGUUUCUUCUAUGCUGACUGGCACGCAGAGUUUACUGCAGCCUCAUUUAGAGAGGGUUGCCAUUGAUGCUCUACAAAUAUGCUGCUUGUUGCUUCCUCCACCAAACCGGAGAAAGCUCCAACUUCUAAUGAGAAUGAUCUCUCGAAUAAGUCAGAAUGUGGAUAUGCCAAAACUCCAUGAUGCAAUGGGAACAAGAUCACUGAUGAUACAGACAUUCUCCCGAUGUGUGCUCUGCUGUGCGGAGGAAGUUGGUCUCGAUGAGCUGCUUGCUACCCGAUUAGUCUCCUUUCUGAUGGACCAUCAUCAGGAAAUUCUUCAAGUGCCAUCCCACUUACAGGCUGCUGUGGAAAAGCACCUGGAACACCUGAGCAAGGGCCGUAUUACACAGCCUGGGGAUGAGCUGAUGGCUGCUUUGCCAACCUACUCGUAUUGUAAGCGGAUAAGCCCCCAGGAGUUUGAUGAACAGAAAGUCUCAACCUCUCAGGUUGCCAUUGCAGAACUUUUGGAGAAUAUUAUCAAGGAUAAAAGCUUAUCUCUCAAAGAAAAAAAGAAAAAACUAAAACAGUUUCAGAAGGAAUAUCCUGCCAUCUACCAGACAAGAUUUCCAACUACAGAAAGUGAAGCCGCCCUGUUUGGUGACAAGCCAACAAUCAAGCAGCCGAUGCUAAUUUUGAGAAAGCCAAAGUUCCGUAGCCUUAGGUACUAACUGAACUGCAGUUUUUCUGAUAAUCAGACAUUAUUAAAUGAAGCCAUAUUCCAAAGGACAUGACGUUAGGCAGUCUCCUUUUCUUGUCCUUUCCCAAAAUUAGCGUGUUCUGGACAUAGAAAAGUGCAAAGUAGUUAGUGAUACGAGUGCUUGAUGUUUACUCUUGAAGAACAAAUGAAGAAGGAAAGCACAAUUAGUAACCAGAAGUCUACUGAGCAUCUCAUGCCAUCACAAUAUGUGCCAGAAGUUGAUGUGCUUGACCUUUGACCAAAGGAUGCUUGAGCAGCAAGACUAGCUCAGGAUUCUUUGAAGAGCAAAGAUUUACCCCUGGGUUGUGUGGGCGUGUUGUGAGAUGAAGUUCUAGGUGACUAGGAUUGCUACUUAGCCAUUUAGUCCAAGCAUAGGUUGGUGAGGAGUUUUUAUAAACUCAGUCACUUAUAUAUUCUGCUAUAUUUUGCACUUCUAUAUAUUUUUCCAUAUUUUUAUAUGUUUUUGUCUGUGGAAAAGUUAAAAGUACAGUAUAACAUUUUGCUUGUUUUCUAACACAUUUACCAUAUUUCUAUCUGGUUGUUCAACCAGUUGAGAUGCACUGUUAUGUUAGGAUACAGAAGAAAUGUAAGCCUUGGCUCAUGCCUCUCCACCUAGUCUUCUUUUCUCCACUUGGACCCAUUUUGGACCCCAGGCCUGGCUUAGUGCCAGCAGGUUUCUUUGUAAAAUCACAGUAGGACUUUCCCUACCUCCCUCACAGAGCCACGGUGAACUUCUUUAGAAACCGUAACCGCUCAAGAAGGACGAUGCAUCGUUCACCCAGGAGGUGACCUGAAAACAUUAAAAUGAGAUUAGGGAACGGCUUACGCUGUGGCCUUCCAUAAGUCUAAGGGACAUUUCCCUUUUCCAGCUUACUCAUUUGUUCUCCACCCUCAUCAUUUGAUUCUUUAAGUCAAAAAAGAGACUGAACCGAGAAAUAUAAUACAUUCAGCUUCUCAGUGGAAUUUCAUGAUGCCUUAAUCAUUAAGUGGUAGCAUUGUGUUUAACAUGUUACUACUUUUUAUUAAAAGUUUGGAUAGUUUAAAGAGAGCUGGUUUAUAUAUGUGUAUAUUUCAUCCAGAUAUGUUGUCUCUGAAAUUGCUGAACAUACUGAACCCAAUUACAUUUUAAAUAUUAUCCAAGCAUUUUUUCUGUUUAAAAAUGUUAUAAUAUGAUUGUGUUGGAAAUUGAGGUGAAAAUCAUCAUGUGGGUUUUUGUAAUGGUUUAAUUUUGUCUAUUCCUAUAUUUAAUAACCUUAAUAAAGAUAUAACUAGACAUAGUAAAAAGAUUUGUAAUCAUGAAAUUAAAAAUAUAAAAUGCCUGGUAAAAUAAAACUUUCACCUACUAUUUGCAGAGCCAUCACUAAGACAGUG